AUGUCUUACGAAGAUCUGGCCAGAACCCUCCGCACAUAUGGCUUCCAACCGGACGCUGAUGCCCUCAAAUCCGCCUUCUCCCAAGGCCCAGAGGCAUCGGAAUGGGUGCGCCGCCACCUCAUGAGCUCAGAGACGCUGCUUGGUCGCGACGAGCUGGACCAGUACGCAGCCCUGGUCAAAUCCGGCGCCGCGGACAGGCUGGCGUCGGAGCUGGAACACGAAGGACGCCAGUGGUCGUCGUCGUCGUCGUCGGCCUCGGCCUCGCAGCAGCACCAGCACCAGCACCAGGGACCUCGCCUUGUCGCCUUGGGUGCCCUCGACGCGGACCUGAGGACCGCCAUCGAUGAGCUGAACCGCGCCACCGCCGCCGUGACCAGGCAGACCGAGGCGCUGAGGCAGCAGCAGGACGCCCUGGAGCGGCUCUUUGCCCAGGACGCCCGCGCCGCCGACGCCAGGGCAAAGAUGGCCGCCGCUCGGGCGCGCAACGCCGCCGCCGAGAGGAGACGACUGGCGGCUGAGGCCGAGGGUCUUGCGCAGACGCUGAGCGGGCGCGUUGUCGAGUUCGAGGGCCGGAGGAACCGCGGCCAGGGAGGAGGUCUGCAACAGACCAUCGAUGGGCUGCUGAGAUCCGACGACAAGCUGCUGGCGAGUCUGCAGAAGCUCGGCUGGGAGCUCGAGGCUGACGAUCCGAACGAGCAGGAAGGGGUUGUCAAGGCGAGGGAGACGUGUGCGCGCCUGAUCAAGUACACGGUCGAAACACUGCGCACCAGGCUUGACAGGUUAUAUCUAGAGGCGCUGGAAGAGGAGCAUGGAAAAGCGGGGUCGACCGCGGACUCUCAGCGAAGGCGCCAAGUACCCAAAGAGGAAAUCGACGAGAUGCAAGCAGAGCUGGAGGAGCUGUAUACCGAGAUCCUCCCCGUGGCCCAGAUGUCUGUUGAGCAGCAGUUUCUUGAGCCAGCGGUCCAGUCUCUGGCAGGACGCUCCGCCUCGAACCUGACCCGGUCAGUAGAGGCACUCGACUACGUCGACGCCUGCCUCGACUACCUUCUCCACAACAUGACGGCGCUCUCGUCACGCGUCGAGGACCACAAGGCCCACGAGUCAGCCACGGCCACGCUCCUCAGCACCGCCAAAGCCGAACUAUCCAGCCAAAUCACCACCGCGACGCCGUCAAAAGCCCACGGUCGCACGGCAAGCCUGCCAGCGGCUGCGUCACCCGUCCGGCCCCGGCGCGCCAACACCACAGCAGGCAUCAUGAACAGCAGCGCCGCGGACCAGCAGGACCAGGAACCCGCCCUCCCGACCCUCCUCCGCACCCUCGCCCUCAACCUCCCCGACGAUCCGAGCCGGGACGCCGCCGCGCUGUCCGCCGCGCUGCACGACCGCUCCGCCAAGGCCGCCGACAUGGCGCGCAACGUCCAGGCGUCGUUCGAGGGCUCCGUCGCCGCGCACGUGGUCGACGCCGCCGCCGCCGUGUCCAGCCUGCGCGACAGCGUGCUCGCUGAAACGUCCACGGCCCCAACCGCGGGGGCGGACGACUCGCUCGUCGCCCUCACGGACCCCGAGACCGAGAGCUUCGUCUGGAUGCUGCAGCAGGAGGUCGCCAAGGUGCGCGGCCGCCUGGCCGACGUCGAGGCCGAGAUCAGGGCCCGCGAGGGCGCCGCUGGGAAACCAAGACCCGGCCAGCCGGGUAGGGAGGUGUGCGGGAAGCGGGAAGAGCUCAUAAGGCGCUGGGGAUCUGCGCGCUGA